UCAAAUACACAGUCACAACAGCAGGAGUGAUCUCACCUCCUCUCCACCCCUUCUAUCUAUCGCUGCUGCCAGCCUCCUAAAAAGAGCGUAUCCGUGAGCAGUGCUGGUGCUUUAUAGACACGCUGAGGUAUAGCUUACACUGAGAAUUCACGGUGGAUUUCCCUGACCAGGACCACUACUGAGCCACAGAGCCGACCAUGGAAGAACUUACGGCAUUUGUGUCGAAAUCGUUCGAUCAGAAAACCAAGGAGAGCAGCAAAGAGAGUAUCACGUACAGGGAAGUUUUGGAGAGCGGCUUGACGAGGGCGAGGGAGCUGGGCAGCCCGGAGACAAACCUGCAGGACAUAACGGAGGGCAGCCACUGCCCGGUGCAUCUGUUCAAGGACCACGUCGAGCUGGAAAAGGAGAAACUGAAGGACUUUAAUGUUUCGAGGUCGACUGAGGGGAUAUACGAGUGUAAGGAGAAAAAGGAGGACGUGAAGUCGGAGGACGAGGAUGCACAGGGCAAACUGAAGCAGCGGAGGAGUCGCACUAACUUCACGUUGGAGCAACUCAACGAGCUGGAGCGGCUCUUCGACGAGACGCACUACCCGGACGCGUUCAUGAGAGAAGAGCUGAGCCAGCGGCUGGGACUGUCCGAGGCCAGGGUGCAGGUCUGGUUUCAGAACAGAAGAGCCAAAUGUCGAAAACAAGAAAACCAGAUGCACAAAGACAUCUUUCCCUUCUCUCCAGGUGUUAUUCUGGGCAGCGGCAGUCAUCUCGACGCAUGCAGAGUAGCACCCUAUGUCAACAUGGGUGCCCUCCGGAUGCCCUUCCAACAGGUCCAAGCCCAGCUUCAGUUGGACGGAGUCGCCCACUCCCACCCCCACCUGCACCCUCACCUGGCUGCUCACGCUCCCUACCUGAUGUUCCCACCUCCUCCUUUUGGACUACCAAUCGCAUCACUCGCCGACUCGGCCUCUGCAGCAGCGGCGGUGGCAGCAGCUGCCAAAAGCAACAGCAAGAACUCGAGCAUCGCCGACCUGCGACUCAAGGCAGGACUUCUGCGGGGCCAGUGGCUCAGUCCACUCCAGGCACAGAUCACAUCCCAGGGACCGUACAAACACAUGUGGAUGUCUGUCUGAGGGCCAGGCCGGGGCCCGUCAGACCAGAAGACGUUAGAACAAAGCAAACUGGCAGGCAGCAGCAGGGCCAAAAGCAGAGCCUUGCUCACGCCAUAUUGACAAUGCAGAGGGUUAAGCAUGGGAGAAACAGACCCAAGCACCACCUCAACAAUGCAUUGGUACGGCUCGCACCUUUAUACCCUCCCCCACCCCACCCUCACUAGAUAAAGGAAGAAAAAAAACACAAAAAGACCUUAUUUGUCUCCAACCACUGUGUUCCCUGCUGCUGCCAAGUGCAUGAGCUCUAAUGGAGGACCGUUCUGGGACUGACCUCCAUCCGCACCUAACAUACACGCUCGACAACUGUUUCUAACACUGCCAUUUGACAUGCCCAAAACACCUCCCCCUACACCUACAAAGUGAAAGUUCUGCAUCACAGUUUGAUAUCCUUCUUCUUAUGGACUUGUGCUGUAUCAAAAGCAACAACUCGUUUUUACUUUGCUGCAGAGGGGAGAGAUGUUGUUCUGCGUUGCUGGGCAUGUGUUGGCGAGACUUGGUUUGCAUUACUCCUCCCAGCGUGCUCUCCCUCUGUCUUUAUUUCUGUCUGUUUGUUGUGUUGUAUCCUGGGUAAAGAAGUGAAGAUAGCCUUUGCACUUCAGGUCUUGUAUGUGGGAGUUUACAAAUCGCACUACAAGCAGAUACUACUUUACUAAUUAAAGGGGGAGGGGGAUUUGAUAUUGUUGUGUGAUCAGCAAAAAGGACAUUAUCUUGGAUAAAGGGUAUACAUGCGUUCUUUUUUUCUUUUCCUUUUUUUGUAAUUCUGAAAACACGAAGAAAGCAUCAGUCAAACUGAAAUGCAAUGGUGUGCAGUUUAAGUGCAAUACUGUAAAUAGCAAAAAAGUAAAAACAGCUAGCAGUUAAUCCUCAAUGAUAAAGAGGCCCAAUUAUUUUUUUCUGUUGGAGUGUUGAAUUUUGUUGCCAAACACACCAGUUUUUCCACAGCAGUGUAUAUUUUAUUAAGUUUGAGAAAAGUCACUCAUUACCAGGUGCCAUGUUCCACGUACCUCCUAUGUAUUCAAGCAGUUUUUGUAUACACCAGGUGCAGUUGUCACUUGUUGAGGAAAACAUGAACACAUCUUUGGGAUGCUGCAGAAAUUUGGGUCAGGUUCUAAAUAAUUAAAAAAAAAACUCCACUGUCAUUAGAAAAUUCUAUUUACUUUUUGGAUUUUGGAAAAUGUUUAUAAUAGAACCAACAAAUCAGCAUAGUAAUCCAAACCAAGCAAGCUUAAUUCUGCAUGUUAUAUGUGACAUUUUAUCAUUUAUUUCCUGAUAAUUCAAAGUGUAUUUUACAAAUUGUUCUAGAAAAAACAACAGAACAUUUGGAUUAUUUGGACAACAUUUUAAACACUGCUGUCAGAAGUGUGCUAAACAUAUGGGAUCUGUUGAAGAUCUAUGAACCUCUAACAGUCUCCAAAAAACAUUUUCUCUGUUCAGACCUCCAUUUAGAAUUGUUUAUCUAUGUCUUCAUUUUAAAUUAAACAUAUGGGUGUUUUAUUUAUUAUUUUGUCUGAAAGCUUUUAAAAGAUGAAAUCGUUGAACUACAAGUGUACAUUUUUACAUGGCUUUGCAUUUAUUUUUGUAUGUUUUUUUAAGUGUUGAAUUUGAAUUAGGAGGUGUGGCUGUAGUGCAUUGUUUGCCGAAAAAAAAAUGUAGCGUGUCCGAGUUUACAAACAUUUCAGGGAUGGUUGAAUUGAACAAUUCUCCAUGGAAUUCGUUGUACCCAUUAAAAUGAUUAUCAUUUCAUAUGCAAGCAUGCCUAAACAUGAAUCACCGUACAGUUUGUUUUCCCCUUUUGAAUCGCAAAAUAUGAAUGUACAUCUUGUACAAGUAAACUAUCAAUAAAGUUAUAAAUAUUUGUA